AUGAACGGUAAGGCUAACGUCACCAAAGAGCUCAACGCCAAGCACAAGAAGUUACUGAUGGUUGACAGGGAAGAUGAUGAAGCUAUUGGAAGCUUAGCUGAUGUGUUUUUCUUCAAAAUCUCUAUACUGGAAGGACUUCUUAAAUUACCAGAGAAUAGGGAAUGUGCUGACUGCAAAGCUAAGUACGUAUCUGGUGAAGCUGAAUGA